AUGGCAAUGGUAGUAAACCAGUGGCAAGAGAACAUCCCGGAGGCCGGCGCGCAGCUGCAGUUGUGCGGGCCUGAGUCCGUGGGGGCCCCGGGGACUCCCAGCGGCUCCACCCCCGGACAGGACGCACUCUCCGCGGACAAACUGCCGAACGUGGACUGCAUGGUGUGCGGGGACAAGUCCAGCGGGAAGCACUACGGCCAGUUCACUUGUGAGGGCUGCAAGAGUUUCUUCAAACGCUCCGUGCGCAGGAACCUGUCCUACACCUGCAGAGGGAACCGGGACUGUCCCAUCGACCAGCACCACCGCAACCAGUGCCAGUACUGCCGCCUCAAGAAGUGCGUCAAAGUGGGCAUGAGGAGAGAGGCGGUGCAGCGCGGCAGGACAUCCAGUUCCCAGAGCAGUCCUGGACAGUACCUCUCCAACGGCUCGGACGCAUACAGCGCGCAGCCGUACCUGUCGGGCUUCCUGUCGCUGCUGCUGCGCGCCGAGCCGUACCCCACGUCCCGCUACGGCGCCCAGUGCAUGCAGGGAAACAACCUCAUGGGCAUUGAGAACAUCUGCGAGCUGGCCGCACGCCUGCUCUUCUCCGCCGUGGAGUGGGCCAAGAACAUCCCCUUCUUCCCCGACCUGCAGCUCAUGGACCAGGUGGCGCUGCUGCGGAUGUCCUGGAGUGAGCUGUUUGUGCUGAAUGCAGCUCAGUGCUCCAUGCCUCUCCAUGUGGCUCCUCUUCUGGCUGCAGCCGGCCUCCACGCCUCCCCCAUGUCUGCAGAGCGGGUGGUGGCCUUCAUGGACCACAUUCGGGUGUUCCAGGAGCAGGUGGAGAAGCUGAAGGCUCUGCAGGUGGACACAGCAGAGUACUCCUGCCUCAAGGCCAUCGUGCUCUUCACCUCAGAUGCCAUGGGCCUCUCGGACGUGGCGCACGUGGAGAGCGUGCAGGAGAAGUCGCAGUGCGCGCUGGAGGAGUACGUGAGGAACCAGUAUCCGUCGCAGCCGAACCGCUUCGGGCGCCUGCUGCUGCGCCUGCCCUCGCUGCGCAUCGUGUCGUCGCCCGUCAUCGAGCAGCUGUUCUUUGUGCGCCUCGUGGGGAAGACGCCGAUCGAGACGCUGCUCAGGGACAUGCUGCUGUCCGGAUCCAGCUACAACUGGCCCUACAUGCCCCCAGUGCAGAGGGACCGGCCCCUGUCCCUGCACUAUAACGACAGCGGCCCCUGA